GGCCACAUAAACUUGUGGCUCAAAACCUUCCCUCCUUUGCUGAUGUGGCAUUCCCCUCCUUUCUUUAUUUACCAACUACGUCUUCCACCUUUCAAGUCCUCCUCCUCCUCCCCUUUCUUCCUCUUCCUCCUCCACUGUCACAGCUUCAAGAAAAUGUCGGAUUUGAAAGACACUACGAUAAAGCUCUUUGGCAAGACCAUUCCAUUGCCGCUUUUCCAUCACCCUGCAGACCUUUCUUCUCCUAAUGAGUCUUCUUCAGCAGCAGCUGUAGGUCCUGCAGCCCAACUUGAGGACUCCUCCGAUGAGAAUACUACUACUUCGCUUGCGAGCGAACAAGAAGCCCACCAAUGGAAUCAGGAACCCUCAGGAAAAGAAAUCGCUGAUGAUAAACAGGAAGAUAGUACCUCAAAUCAUGUAGCUGAGGACUCAAAAGAUCCAACAACAUCAUCAGGCAUUAAUGAGAAAUUACCCAACACUUGCUUAGAUGAGAGAGAAACUUCACCCCAGAAAAGCUCCAAGAAUGGAGAACAAAGCGAGACAAGUAACUCGCAAGAAAAGACUUUGAAGAAACCUGACAAAAUACUUCCAUGCCCUCGAUGUAAUAGCAUGGAAACCAAGUUCUGUUACUACAACAACUACAAUGUUAACCAGCCACGCCAUUUCUGCAAGAACUGUCAGAGAUACUGGACUGCUGGAGGAACCAUGAGGAAUGUGCCUGUGGGGGCUGGUCGCCGCAAGAACAAGAGCUCUUCUUCUGCUUCACAUUACCGUCACAUAAUGGUAUCAGAAGCUCUCAGAACAGCUCAAGUUCAUGCAGUGAAUGGUGUUCAUAACCCCUCUUUAGGAAACGGCACCACCGUCCUUAGCUUUGGCUCAGAUUCUCCUCUUUGUGAAUCUGUGGCUUCUGUACUGAACCUUUCAGAGAAAACACAGAACAACGUUCGAAAUGGGUAUCAUAGACCUGAACAGAGAAUUCUUAUUUCUUGCGGAGGGGCAAGUGAUAAUGGAGCUGAUCGAUUAAGUGGAUCUUCUCUCACAGCUUCGAAUUCAUCGGAGAAGGGAGGAAACUGUGGUUUACAAGAAGCUGCAAUAACUAAAAAUUAUCAAGGCUUUCCAACUCAACCUCAAAUAGCAUGCUUCCCAGGGUCUCCUUGGUCUUAUCCAUGGAGCUCUACAAUGGCUCCACCUGGUUUUUGCCCCCCUGGAUUUCCAGUAUCAUUUUAUCCAGCACCAGCCAACUGGGGUUGUAGUGUCCCGAACCCUUGGAAUGUAGCAACACCAUGUCUCUCUCCACAAUCGCUAACUUUGAAUCAUCACUGCGCCCCAAGCUCCAGUCCUACUUCUCCGUUAGGGAAACAUUCAAGGGAAGGUAAAAUCUUAAAUCCUGCCCACUCAGAAGAUCCCUCAGAAAGAAGUGUUUUGAUUCCAAAAACUCUAAGAAUUGAUGAUCCAAGCGAAGCUGCAAAAAGCUCUAUAUGGGCAACACUUGGGAUUAAGAGCAGUGACAAAACCAAUUUCAACGGGGGAGGGCUCUUUAAGGGUUUUCGAUCUAAAAAUGAAGACAGAAACUACAUAGCAGAAACAUCUCCAUUGUUGCAUGCCAACCCUGCUGCCUUGUCCCGGUCUCUCAAAUUCCAAGAAAGCACCUGAGGCGAUUGAUAUGUAUACACUAGCAAUGAAGUGGAAUAGAAUGCAAAUCAGUUAAGCUUUCUCACACCUGACAAAUUUGUGCCCCAAUAAUGCCCUGAUAUUGACCUCGACCCUUAGUGCUGUAACCAGUUGGGAAGUUUCCAAUAUAGAGGAAAAAAAAAAAUAA